AUGCGACCUAAGGACAUUUAUUCGUUACUUGGUGAAAAUAGCAAAGGUACUAAUGAUGAGUUAGAUAGUCCUAAAUUUUUGAACAUUCAUUCAAGGCAUACUCUGUUAAGGAAUAAGGCUACUAUAAAUAAUAAUGCUACUGUAAAGUCCACUAAGAAACGGGGUGCUCAUGAUCUUGAUGAUUCUGAGUCGGAUGAAUUAAAAACGGGAGAAGUUGCUAAUGCCCAGGUUGAGAAUUUGGUUGAGAAGAAAGCAAAAUUUCAAUUUGGCUGGGAUGAUAGCGAUGAUACAUUUUCCAACUUUAAGCCGGUAAGUAGCAUUAGAGCGAAAGAUUUGAUAAAGAAUAAGGUUGACGUGGUCGAAAAUAGUUAUAUGGAUCGUCACUGGAGUCAGAAGAGCUUGGAUGAGAUGAACUCUAGGGAUUGGCGGAUUUUAAGCGAGGACUACGGCAUAAAGACUAAAGGUAGUCGGUUACGGCAUCCGUUACGGAACUGGGAAGAGGGACUAAUUCCGAAAGAUAUUUUGCAUGUUAUUCAUAAUCAAUUAGGCUUUAAGGAACCCACGGCCAUCCAACGGGUUACUAUACCUAAUGUUCAGGACAAUAGGGAUUUUAUGGGUAUAGCGGCUACUGGCUCUGGUAAGACAUUGGCUUUCUUGAUUCCUAUAUUUGCCAAGCUUGCGAAAUUGCCUGUUUCUAACGUUGUGACUAGAGCUGAUGGUCCUAGUGCUUUGAUUUUAGCUCCUACUAGGGAAUUAGCACAGCAGAUCGAGGCUGAGGCGAAAAUGCUUGCGUCGUAUCUGAAGUGGCCUUGCGCUAUCGCCAGCAUUGUCGGCGGCCAUUCUCUAGAAGAUAUAAGGUACAGACUGCGAGAUGGUUGUGAUAUAUUAACCGCAACUCCGGGUAGGCUUAUUGAUUGUCUGGAGAACCAUUUGAUUGUGCUACGACGAGUCAGCACUCUUGUACUAGAUGAGGCAGAUAGAAUGGUGGACUUCGGAUUCGAAGACCAACUCACCUCUAUUUUGGCUAGAACUGACACCAUACCGGGGCGCCAGACGCUGAUGUUUAGUGCCACUAUGUCGAACGUCAUAGAGAAAAUUGCCAAUGGAUACCUAAGAGAUCCUGCUUAUGCUACGAUUGGCGAUAUUCACGCGGCACCUCAAAUACAACAAAUUAUCGACUAUAUACCAGGUGAGGAUGAAAGGUUCCAGAAGAUGUGUAAAGAUAUUUUGCCCAACUUUAAACCACCUAUUAUUAUUUUCAUCAAUUACAAGAGUACUGCGGAUUGGCUAUCGCAGAAGUUUCAGACUCAGACAAAGUUUAGAACUACUACAUUACACGGUUCAAAAUCGCAAGUGCAAAGAGAGCAUUCAAUCAAUCAGUUGCGAGAGGGUAAAGUAGACAUAAUGAUUGCUACUAAUGUUGCAGGAAGGGGUAUAGACAUCCCUAAUGUCUCCCUGGUUUUGAACUUUGAAAUGGCGACAAAACUGGAGGAAUAUAUUCAUCGGAUAGGUAGAACAGGAAGAGCAAACAAUGUGGGAACUGCUAUCACUUUCCUAACUUCUAAAGAUAAUGCUGCAAAUGUGGAAGCACUAUGUAAGUACGUGACAAAGAAUGACGUUACAGGCAGGAACUUGAUCGAUCGUAAGGUAAAGCUAGAAUUUAAAAUUGAAGAUAAAAGUAAAGAGUCAUUAAUAUAUUAG